CUUCUUUUGCGUUUCGCAAAAGCCCGGCAGCACGGCGCAAUGGCCGUGCAACAGUUGGUCUGAAUCCAGGGACCCUGUAGACCUGGCUAUGCCCCAGAGAUCCCAUGCGUCGAGCAGUUCUUUUUCACCAGGCAGCACCCCAAGGGAUGCUUCCUCUAGCGAUCGGGAAGCUUCCGAGAAAGCAGGGUUCUCACAGACUUUGGUUCGGGCCUUGGCCAAAUUCGCUACCGAUGGUAGCAGCCCAUCCACAGGGUCUCAGGAGACAACGGAACUUGGAAGUGAAGAUGCCUCUUUUCAAUCCAUGGAUGCAAGCGCAGCGGCAGCUCUUUCUGGUCAGACCACGGUGAUGCUAAAGAAUGUACCCUUGAAAUACAGCCAAAGGAAGCUUCUGAGGGAAUUGCUCUCUGCGGGCUUUCAAGGGAAGAUGGAUUUCAUGUACCUCCCCAUCGAUCCGCGGACCCGGGCCUCCCGGGGCUUUGCGUUUUGCAACUUCACCAGUCCACAGGCGGCAGAACACUUCUACAGCAUUUUCCACCGGAAACGGUUGAAGAGUCACUCAGCUGAAGUGACACUGGAGGUUGCGGCGGCUGAAGUGCAAGGAUUUGAGGCCAAUGCGGAGCAUUACUUUGAAGUGAAAGCCAGUCGAAAGGAAAAAGGUCGGGACACACUUGGGUGCCCAGUCUUUCUCCGACCUCUUCCUCCCAACCUUCUGGCAUCUUUUCGUGGUUUUGAGAAGGCAGAAAUACCGGAGCCUGUGGCGGAAGCAUCGCAACCGCAUCUCACGAGCCCAGUAGCACCAAAUCCUGUAGCCAUGCAGCAGUGCCUUGUGGAGCAAUGCAUGUGUGGCAGAAUUGCCAGCCACGGCGAUUUCUGCCCCUACUGUGGUCACACUGGGAACGCCACGAGCGCUGGCGUGCUACCUGCGCCGGCUCCCGGGCUUUCCCGCGCGGGCUAUCCCGGAUCACACCGUGCUCAGCCUACUGUUGUAGGUCCAUCAUUUUGGAUCUGAACCAUAUGACUCUCGCCCAAAUGUGCGGAGUCCAAAA